ACGACGAUGAGCACCGACUCCGUCGACAUCGAGCGACGUAUUGACAAGGGCAAGGCAAGAGCUCGCUCCCCAGAACCCACCGAAGAUACGCCCCUCUUGGGCUCGGCCAGUGGCUCGUACACCUCCCGGGUUGAGCCCGAAACGACCCCUCGCCGACUGUAUUCCAAGCUAGUUUCUGUCUUUCUCAUCUCGCUCUCCUCAUGUGUUGUGCUACUUCUCCUAGUUGUCUUGAUCGUAUUCUCUUACCGCUCUCGUGCAGUGAGUGCUUCUCCAGACGAGAUCCUCCAACAUGCGGUCGUACUGCGAGGUCCAGACGGCGUCGACGUUUUGAAUACCACAGGGGAUGGCGGAGUGUGGCUGCUCGUACGGGGAAGGGUCGGCGUUGAUGCAGGAGAGGUAGCCGGCGUGAAGGAGGUGGCUGGCGACAAUAUAUUGCAAGAUGCUUGGAAGUCCAUUGGUCGCUGGGGAAUCAGACGGUUGGACAGGGUCACCGUGAACCUGUCCAGCAUAGAAAUAUCUCCGGAGAGCGACCCAUCUAAUCCUCUCACCACGCUCCAUUUCCCGCCUAUGGAGUUGCCUUUGACGGCGAAUCCUCCACCCGACAAUAGCUGGUUGACGCCGGUUGCAAUACGAGUCCUCAUCCGGCCAACGAAGGACAUCCAGACCCUGAAGCGCUUCGUGCGCGAUAGCUGGAAGAGGGGACAGAUCAGGGUGCAAGCGGUUGUUGACCACGCCAUCGUGCAAGGUGGUGGAUUGGACGACGGCGGGUGGCGGCAGCUUAUCACGGUCGCGCAUUCGAACAUCCACACCAAAAUACACAUCACCAUUCCCCGCCUUCCAGGGCUCCCGCCGGCCGGGCGUGAUGAACCGCUUCCAGAUGUCAACCAACUGCUCACAUUGCAAAGCUUUCGUGUGACAUCCGAACACGACACACUCGCCUUGACGGCGAAUGCUACUGUCAUCAACCCGCUUUCUCUGGAUCUCGACUUCACUUCUCCUGUACUUCCCUUCACUGUUUCUCUCCCGCCUGUAAAUGCAUCCACGGACUACCUCUCUGUACCUAUAGCCAAUGUAACAACACAAUCAUUCACACUCACGCAUCCGAAUAUUUCCCUCUCCAUCAACGGCACUGUACUUCCUUUCCCUCGCGACGCGUUCUCUGCCCUAUCCGCCUUCCUCAGUAACUACGUCUCUGCUAUUGACUCUGACAUCAUUCUCUCCACUCCCUUCUUCCCCGGCCUGUCACUUCCCGCCAAAUUCCCGGCACCGCAUCCAAAGCCCACCAUCCUCCGCGAUGUCACCAUUCACGACAUGAAGAUCAAGCCCGUCGGCUCGGGCAUGGCCGCAAGCGGGACGGUCCUCGCGCGUGUUGUUCUCCCACACGGGAUCGAGGUCGGCGUUGACGUUGUGCGCGUUUUCCCUGAUGUCAUCGUCUAUGACGGUCCCGUGCCCGACCCAGCAGAUGGACAGCCACAGACAGCGUCUUCGUCAUGCGUACUGAAUUACCCUGUAGACGACCACGACAAUGUUCCGCCUGCGCCGCCGCUGCCAGACCCGCUCCCAGAGCGCGCGUUUGCACAUAUCCGACCGGACGCUUGGCUGGCGUCGGUUAGCGAACCGGUGGAGAGCGGGGAUGGGGAAGGAUCUGCAGUUUCGGUCUCUGCAAACAUCGUGGACGUGCCGUUAGAAGUGCUUCCCGGGCGGGAGCGCGAGUUUAGCAACUUUGUGUCGAAGGUUAUCUUUGGUACGCAGGGUGCAAUUGCUGGUGUACAAGGCGUGGCUGCUGUCGCCGUGCACGUCCAUGGGCUGCCGUUUGAGAAUGGCCGUGACGGUGAGAUGGAGCUGACUGGUCUACCUUUCCAGGGGAGUGUGAGGAUCGGCAAGAGAACGCUGCUCGGCCAUUUCACGGGCUGAUUGACAUGUGCUUGUUUCAUAUAGUGUACUGUACAUAUCCUUAGUAUCAUGCUAUGUACCCCGAGGAUACAUUCUUGGCGAGCUGCAAUUGACAAUCUGAGUCUAACCCUC